GGGCUGAUGGCAGCAGGUGGGUGGCAGCCGCGGGUCGCCCGGCAUGCUGGGCGGCACCGCCUGGUUCCGCUGCUGCGCUCUCAGCAGCUCCUGCAGCCGACUCUGGGCAGCGCAGCGGAGCCGCGGGGUGCGCGGGGCCCGCGGGGAGCGCUGCCCGUGGGGGUGCGCGGCCCGGGAGCGCCGCCGGGAGCCGCUAGAGGCCCCUCCAGCCGCGGCCCGACACCAGCGCCGCGCCCGGGCCUGCCCCGGGGGAGGGCCCCGCAUCGCAUCCGGCCUCUUUAAAGAGAAAGAUCGUCUCAGCAGAAGGGAACGGGGGAGGCGAUUCUGCCCCUCUACUCCCGUUCCGUGAGACCUCCGCCUGCAGUGCUGCAUCCGGCUCAGCAGAGCCGUGGACAUGUCGGAGCGGGUCCAGAGGACGGCCGUAGAAGUGGUUGGAGGGCUGGUGCACUUCUGUGGUGACAGGCUGAGAGAGCUGGGGCUGUUCAGCCUGGAGGACAGAAGGCUCUGAGGAGAUCUUUGAGCAGCCGCUCCACUACCUAAAGGAGGCUUAUAAGAAUGACAGAAUAAGCUGAGUUAGAAGGGAUACACAAGAAUCAUCGAGUCCAGCUCCUGGCCCUGGACAAAACCACCCCCAAAAGUCACACCAGCUGCCAGAGAAUAUUGUUCAAAGGUUUCUUGAACUCUGUCAGGCAUGGUGCUGUGAGAACUUCCCAAUACCCUAUGGGUGAAAAACCUUUUUUCUAAUAUCUAACCUAUGAACAACGGGGACAGACUUUUUAGCAGGGCGUUUAUUGAUAGCACAUGCAGUUACGGUUUUAAACUAAAAGAGGGAUUUAGACUGGAUACAAGGAGAUUUUUAUGAGGGUGGUGAGGCACUGGAACAGGUUGCCCAGAGAGGAAGUAGAUGCCCCAUUUCUGGGAACAUUCAAGGUCAGGCUGGUUGGUGCUCUGAGCAGCAUGAUCCAGUUGAAGAUGUCACUGCACAUGGCUGGGGUUUGGACCUGUAAAGGUCCCUUCCAACACAAAGCAGUGUAUGAUUCUGAGAAAAGGGAGGCAAUGCAUUGUGGCCCUCUAUUUUUGUGGGAUCUUUGGCAGCAGUCCUCUUAGUGGAUCCCCAGACAAACCCCAUACGAGGUGAGCUGAGCUGAAACAGUCAAUGGGGGCACGUCUGCCCCAGCAGUGGACCAAGGCAGAUUCCUUUCCAAAUCCAAUCUGUGGCUCAGCCUCCACAGAUCCCAUGUUUUGCAAUUUCUGCAAGCACCCGUCUUUCUGCUGUGAGAUUGCAGAAAUGUGAAGUUGAAAGUAUUUCCUCUGCCUUUUCAGCUCUGGAUUAUUUUAUUCUGCCUCUGCUUGUCAUAGUCUCUGGGAAAUCUGUGCCACUUCAGGUCACUGGUACUUACUUAUUCCCUAUUUUCCUUUUUGUCCUGCCUCUCUUCUUAGUUAUGAGGGUUUUAAGGCAGAAAUUACUGGUGGUCUGAAGACUUCAGCUACAUAAAUUCAUCAUAUGGAUUGUGUUUGGCUGUUGCAAAGUAUGUUUGACAGUACUAAGGUAAGAGGCUAAAUGUCUUGAUGAUUUAUAGUCCACUUAGGGCACAAACAUAAUUUUUCAUUUACCUCAUCAAAACAAAGAAGUUCAGCAUUAAUGAGGGUAGUUCAUCAUAGCUCAGCUACCCUCAUGUAGUUUGAAACUCAGGGAUCUCAGAUGGGCUCUGGGAAGGGUGCAGAGAGCAGAGCCUGAGUGCCUGGUGUUCUCGAGCAAGGUGUUGCUGGGUGCUUGCCCUCUCCUUGCAGCCUGCUCCAUUUGGCUGCAAAUGCAGUAAUUGCAAGUGAAAAGGAAGGGAAGUAUAGUUUUUUUCCUAACAUGAAUCCUCCUGGAUAUAUUUUUACUGGUUUUGGGUGCUAUUCUGCUAAGUGUAGUGUACAUAGUCUAUAUAAUAGCAAGCAUUAUGCAUUUAAAACUGUCCAAAAUUGUUUUGCCAGUGUAGGGUAACCAAACAGUAUUGAGGUACUCCUUCACUGUCAGAAGCUUUAUUGAAUUUUUGGCAAACACUUCUAUGAAAAAUGGUCUAUAUGUAGUCACAUAAAAACAAGUGAUACGUGAUCAACUGAUGAGAAGCAUGUUUUACACUGUUGGUCCUUUUCUACAUCUCCAAAUGAUAUCAGGUUUUUUGUUGUUUUGUGUGGUUUUGUUUUUGUUUUUUUUAGUUUAGAGGCAUGCCAAAUCAGCCUUUUCAGUAUAUAUGCAUUGUUUUUAUAACCUUAAGUACAACAGCACUGGGAAUGUAGUUCUGAGCUGAAAUUUGAGCUCCCAACUUUCUACCUUGCAGUCAGAUUUUGUAUUUGCAUUUUUAAGCUUGUAAAAACUAGGGAGUUAAAAGCUGUGCAAAUGGUGCUUCAGCAUGUUUCAAUAAACCCGGGUUGCAAUGCCUGUCUACACAGCUCACCCCAUCUGCCUGUCUCUUCCCCUUUGCUUUUUUCUUCUUUAUAUUGUUUAGGUUUGACUGUGUCUAAACAACAGGCUGGCUGCCUAUACACAGUAUUUUCUGCUAUUUUAAAGUGUACAUUUACAGUACAGAAAGACAGGGGAAAUGCUUCAGAGGUGAAAAGAAUGGUGAAAGGGAGGAAAACCCUUUGUGAUCCAUGACUUUUAAGGGAUAAAUGGGAGACACAUUUCUUUUAGCUCUACCUCAUGAAGAUUUUAACACACCAUUUCCCAUCUUCUUAUGAUGGGAGGUCUAGGAGAAAAACUGACCUGCUCAUUCAUCAAUCCACCAGCAGUAACCUGGUUGUUUCUUUCACAAUCCCAGCUGCUCAGUCUACAGCAGAUGGCUUGCCCUUCCACAACCCUUUUUGUUCUUUUUCAAUUUUUUAGGGGUCAGCUUCUGUUUCCACCAUAUCUCUUCCUUCAAAGCUGCUUUUCACAGAGCUGUCUGUCCUCAUUCUGCAUCUUGUCCUGCUCUGCAGCUCUCUUGGAUGUGCAGUGCUCUAUGUCUUGUUCCUGCACGUAUCCCAUGGUUAUGCAUCUUGUUCCUGGCAGGGGGAAUGGUUACCAGGAUCCUGAAGGAGUCCAGCCAGCACACAGCCUUUUACCAACCCGCAGGUGAGCGUGCAGUGUCAAGCCAAGAUAGCAGGAAUGAAGGGCAGGAGGUGUGAUGAAGGCAGCCAGGUCAGGGGUAAGGACUGCUGGGUUCCUGCAGCAGAGCUGCCUCCUUGCCCUCAGCUGGGGUCCCAUGCUGGCAUGCUGCACUGAUCCCUGUCUGAGCCUCUAGAGGCUUGUCUUAGCUUCAGUGUAGCAGGCUGAGACAUAAAUGCACAAGGGGGAAGAAAGAAGACAUUUUGAAAAGUUUCUUAUUGAUUACAUGGCAGCAAGUCAGAGCAGACUUGGCCUGGGGCUCAGCCCUGAUAUCCCAGUAGUCUUUACUUUUUAAAGCACUAGAAUAACAAACAGCAAAGUGUGCAAGAGAGAACAUGACAAUCUCCUCUCCCUUUCCAUCUCUCUCUCUGUCUGUGCUUUUCUUUGGUCCUGGGAAUGUUCCCCUUUGACCAAAGAGGUAUAAAUUAUGGGAUUUACUUCUGAGCAGCCCACGGAAUAGCCUGGGGCAAGUCAUUCCUAGAAGGUGCUUUCCUCUUCUUAAAUGGGUCAUUAACAUUUGCAGCUAAAUACCGAAGCAGGGAGAGGAGAGAAACAAAUGAGGAAAUAGUUUCCUGAAAGGAGGAAGAAAGAGCUGUUAUUCAUAUUCACUCACCAGAAUAUUCUUAGAUGUGCGUGGGAACAGCCUAACAAAAGCAGGGAGAUAGAGAGAGGCAAGCCAGGUGACAGUGAUGUGCCUGGGACGGUCCUGAGGGAGUUUGAGCCAUGUCAUCCCUAGGCAGAGACCUGGUUAUUGUUCCUGAAGGAGGUUGCUUCUUUAUUUCCUAUCUCAGUCCCCUUCUUCCAGUGCAGGAAACUGUGGGAAGGGGAGGUGUUUACGAAGAAACCCAUCCGUUUUGGUUGCUGCUGUGUGUUGGUUGUGCAGUUAGUUACUCUGGUGCAAGGAGCUCAAGGGAAGCAUUGCGAUGCAAAGCGGAUCUCAGGUUGCUCUCCUGGAGAUCCCAAAGUGUUCAUCUGCUCCAGUGUGCUCUUCCAGGAUGGCAGGAUUGUGCCAGAGGAGUGGGGGCAGUUCUUGUCAAAGUGAUGGGGGAAAUGUGUCUCUCAGAGACCUGGAGAGGCACUCUACACAAGGAGUUUGUGUAGCCUGUGGGGAGAAGAACAAACUCCUGAGGGAGCUGGUUUAAGGUUUGAGGCACGUUUGGAGAACAGCAAAGGAUUAGAGCUUGCUGCCUCUCUCUGUUCCCUACUGUCAGAUCACUUUUGACCAUAGUCAGAUUUCAUUACUCUGGAUGGCUAAUUAGCAGCCACUCUUACUCAAUAAUUAGGGGAGUGUGUGAUUAUAUUGCCGAGGUGGGCACAAAUUUGUGUCUGCAAAGUCCAGCUGGCAGUUUUGCUUUCAUUUGUGCGCAAUACCCAGUGGCACAAGGUCCUCAUAUCCCUGUAGAUCUUCAUUCCCAUGACAGCAGCUGUAGGAGGUAUUGCUAUAGACUGCUUGGAUGUAGGUUUGGCUUUUUUUCCUUCGCCCCUGGCCAUCUGAAAUGAAAGAGUGAUCAAAUAGAUUUUAAAGGGUGAUGUGCAAGACAUGCAGUUUGUGGAAACUGUGGAAAUGUUGGCAUUGCUCUGCAUGGUUGGCAAGGCUAAGGGAGGUGGGAAGGGUUGUGCUGAACUUCUGUGGCAAGAGGACAUGAGCAGUUUGAUGGUUGUCUCUCCAAACAUUCAUAAAAUAUUAGAUCUUGGGCUGCAGUGGCAGCAUUAGGAUUUAAAUGCUGUGUCUAAUAUGCUAUGGCUGAAAGGAGACAAAGUGUCUUAAUAGGUGGCAAGGUUUUGCACCUGCUUAAUCAAAUUAUCUUUCUCUGCCAUAUUUUUCACUCCUGUAGAUGCUUCUAAUAGGUGCUGAUGGAUCUACUGCGGGAUAAGAAAAUAACAUUUGUGUUGCCUGUUACAUUAAUUUCCCAGAUAAAAUGAGGCUACCAGGAUGACCCAUCUGACUCCUGUGAUAUUUCUAUAAAGAACAAAAUUGAGUACUGCUGUUAUGAUUAGUGUAUUAAAAGUAUUAGGUUUGUUGUCUUAGCUGUGCUGUGUUUUCUCAUGUUCUCUCUCGUGCUGAUUGCUAAGGACAGGCUUUGGCAGGAGCUAGCCUAGGCAGUCCUUCCUGUGAUGGGAACCAGAUGGAUGGUUUUGCUCUGGCUGCCCCUCCCACUGAGCACCAGGAACAGGAGGAGGGGGAGCCCUUUUGGGGGGUAGGGCUGACAUUUAUAGAAAACUCAGUGGAUGGCAGAGAACCAGUUCUUGUCUAUCCACCACUUCUCUUCCCUUGAGGCUCCCAGUUUUGCAACUUCUAACCUCACCCUUGGCUUCAACUUCUUGGCUUUCAAGUGAUUGUGCUGUAUGUUACAUUUUCAUUACUGGUAAAAUUGAUGGAAAAUCACAUUUUAUUAUGUGAAAAAUGCAGUGUUCUUUACUGUCAAAGCUCCAUUCAGCUGGAAAAAAUCUAUGUGAGGCACUCUUUUAUAUUUCAUGUAUUUUGUGCAUUGGUUGGAAUGAAAAAAUAAUGAAAGGCUGUAUUUUGUCAACUUUUGCAUCUGUCUGACUGGCAGCACUGACUGAUUUGUUUUUAAAAUGUAUUUAUUUCUUGCAGUAAGCACUAUUAUUCUCCACCCUUUCACGAUAAAUGCAAAUAAUAUGUGGAAUGUGCAAAUAAUAUGGGAAAAAGAGAGAUGCAAAUUAUUCAGUCCCUCCAGGUAGGUCUGGGAAGAAACUGGAAAUGUGACUGCAGCAUGAAAACGUGCUGUCUUUAUACCAGCUGCAGCAAUGAUAACAGGGCUGCUGUCUGUCUGUGUUUCAGGUUUCUGUGAACAUAUCUAUUGUAUCUUUUUUAAUUUGUUUUUUCUUCUUCUAUUUUUCCCUUUCCUCUCCUGCUGUUAAACUUUAAAUGGGGUCUGUGCACUCUGAAUAUCUGAAGUACAUCACUCUGUCCAUAAACCCUUCUGCCCCUCGUGGGACCACUGCUGCUCACGUGUGGUGAGCCCAAACUGCUGAGGCUCUUGGGCUGAGCACAGGGAAUGAGCUAAAAAGCCUUGGUAUUAGGGAGGACAGGUGGAUACUGCUCCUGAGAUCCAGGCUGGAACACCUUUUGGCAUGAAUAAAGCUUCCCUUCAGGGGAGAAACGUGGCUUCCCUUGCUGCACAGCCAUGUGCCAGCUGUGUUGGUACGUGGGCAUGAGUCAGGUGGAAGGGAGCCAGACUGAUUGGCAUUGUGAGAUGCUGAAGCUCUUGGGAUGUCUUUGCAGCAAGAAUUGAUUGCAACUGCCUUGCAAAUGCCCCUAACCGUGCUCCUGCCCGAGAAGAGCUGUCAUGCCACUCUGCCCUGCUGAGCAGGGGGGAUAUGGCCCUGGUGUCUCAGCCAUGUCUGAGGCAGUAACUGGGGAGGGUGAUAAGGUGCAGCUGACAGACCCAUCCUGCCAGCAGCUGGGGUGUACUCCAUGGAUCAGGCACACCUGUGAUUCCAGAUCUCCCUGCAAACUUAAAACAGUGUUUUCUUUUAUUACAGCUUUUUUUUAAAUGUCAGAAUUGUUUUCCUACUUAGAUCACUGUAAUUGCAAUUUCAAGUGAAGAGCCUGUGAAAAGAGGUGUCAGGGUGUUCCUUCUCAGCAUUGUUUCAUUGUUGUCAUGUGUAAAAUUCACUCCCAGUUCCAGUAAAGUUUUUAAUGUGACAACAAAUUUUCAGUUAUUCUAAAUAUUAAAAAGUGAUUUUUUUAUUCUUGAUAGUUCCAUAUAGAUUUUUCUAUCAGUGCAAAAACAAAAAGGAAAAAAGUAAACUCUACAGUAGAAACUUACAGACAAAGUGGUAGAAGAAAAAGCUUAUGGAAAGAUCUAGAAAAUCCUUCUUUAUAACUGAGACAUUGUUUAUUUCUGCACUUUUUGACUCCCAACCCUGUAUGAGUUAGAAGCUCUUAACUGCGAGCUAUUGGUCAGUAGGAGAACCCUGCUCUGGAGACCUUCCUGGCUGGAGGAGGGUACUUUGCUGUGCUUUUGUAAUUAAUUUGCUCCAAAAUCCUUGUGAGGGUGCUGAGUUUGUGAGGACUUGCUGGCUGGAGAGUCAGUGGUCAGCAAUGCAUUUGUUUGAAUGCAGUCAAACAGAAGAGGAUUCCAGAAGCUCCUUCUCAGAGCAGUGUCAACUGUGAGAUCAGACAAGGUUGUUCAAGGCUUGAUCCAGUCAGGUGAGACUGGAAAGUCUCCUCCAGAGAUGUGGAUAGCAUAUCCCUGCUGGGCAGCCUGUUCCAGGAAACUCUUGAUAUUUUGAUGUUUGUUACCACGCGGCACUUAGAGUGGUCAGAGGUAAAUAUGUGGCACUGUUCUCUCUGUAGAAGAUAUUCCUGAGACUCUUUGUUUAGGAGGCAGUGUAAGUAAUAACCCCACAAGUCUAGGACACUUCUACAUGGUGCUCCCUGCCAUGAAGGGGUGGGUGCAAGGGAUGAGGACCUGCUUUGUCAUUUUUUUGGGGGGAGGUAUGGGGCAAGCAAAGCCAUCCUGCCAAUCCAGGGGGCGAAAACGAGUCCAACCCCUUCUAUCCCUGGUUUUCCUUGACCUUUUUGCCACAGCCACAUAUAAGUGAGGCAGUAGGAAUAGUGGUGCUCCUGGGCUGUCCUCCUUUCUCUCCAGUAAGUGAUACAUCUGUCCUGGCUGAAAUAAUCUGCCCUGGAUUGGCAACCUGGUAGCUGUCACUGCAGUUAAUAGAAGGGCCGAACCUUGGUGUCCACUGCUGGCAGAAAUAAUUCUCUCUGUUUAUGUUCAGACACAGGGACAUGGGGAUAUUGUAGCACCUCACUCAGGGCCUGAGAUCCCCAGUGUAAGCCUUCAGGGAGAUGGGCACCUCCUGCAGCUUCAGCUGGGGAUAGGAAACCAAGCCCCACUGGCAGGACGCAACCCAGGAGGUGCCUCACUGCACUUUUGCAUUUUCUGUUCUGCUGCCUGAAGCAUUAUCUUGCUUGCUCAGACAAGUCAUUCACCACAUCAGGAACGUGUGGGAAAAUAACUCAGUCAGGAUAACCAGAGGAAAAUAAAUGGUUGUGUAGUUGGCCAUUUGGAGCUGAGCUAGCUUGGGAAUUUUUUCUUCCAGCAACACCCUAAAAAAAAGUAGUGCGAAGGGGUGUGAAAUAUAGUUUGCUUCCUUCUUGCAUAGGCGUAUAUCCAAAAAAAGACAACAGUAAAUAUAGAGACAUCUACUGCUAAAUGCUUCAGUAGGGCUUUAAAGGAUCUAAAGGCUCAGUACGCUUGACUGGUAGGACAUCAGAUCUUCCCCACUGAAAUCAGCUUUGAAUACAAGGGAAAUCUCUGACACAGCAGAGAGGAGAAGAUGCAGUGAUCACCUGGGGUGUUUUAGUGUGCUGCUCAGUCACCCAGACUCUACUUCACCCCUUGAUUCUCCAUUUGUGCUUGAAGAGAGGAUUCCAGACAUAAUCUAAUAGCUGGUUAAUGAAUAGCCCUGACUGUUGCAAGGUUACAAGAAUGAUGCAUCCAAUACAAGAGAGGCAUUUGGAACAUGGGGACAUUUCCAGUGGUGAUGUAUCACCCAUCAGCAUGUCUCCCAUCACUCAGUCACAGUUUAUUCCACUUGGGGAAAUCCUUUGCCUGGCCAUCUCAGCAAUGAACUCUGCCCGAAAACAAGUCACACAAGAAGCACUAAUGGAGCACCUAACCACCUGCUUCCCAGGAGUUCCAACACCCAGUCCAGAAAUCCUUCGACACACUUUGAACAUGCUUGUACGGGAGAGGAAAAUAUACCCAACUCCGGAUGGUUAUUUCAUUGUAACCCCACAGACUUACUUUAUAACACCAUCUCUCAUAAGAACUAACAGCAAAUGGUACCAUUUGGAUGAGAGGAUACCUGACAGGUCUCAAUGUACCUCUCCACAACAAGGAACUAUAACUCCCUCCACCUCGGGAUGUGUCAGGGACCGAACACUCCCCAAAAACCACUGCGACUCCUGCCAUUGUUGCAGAGAAGACAUGCACAGCAUGCAUGCAUCUACCCUACAGAGGAAAUCAGCAAAAGACUGUAAAGACUCAUACUGUCCUCCUUCAUUAUGUCAGGUCCCACCUACUGAGAAAAGUAAAAGUACUGUCAAUUUUUCAUAUAAAUCAGAGACGCUCACAAAGCCUAAGGAUGUAGAAAAGCAGUCUAAGAAAUUUGGACUCAAAUUAUUCCGAUUAAGUUUUAAGAAGGAUAAGACCAAACAGUUGGCAAAUUUCUCUGCCCAGUUUCCUCCAGAGGAGUGGCCGCUAAGGGACGAGGACACCCCUACCACUAUACCUAGAGAGGUAGAAAUGGAGAUUAUUAGGCGCAUUAACCCAGACUUGACUGUGGAAAAUGUCAUGAGACACACUGCACUAAUGAAGAAACUUGAAGAAGAAAAAGCUCAACGAAGCAAAGCAGGGUCUUCAGCUCACCACAGUGGACGAAGUAAAAAGAGCAGGAAUCACAGAAAGUCUCAUGGGAAGUCGAGGUCGCACAGCAAGACCCGGGUGUCCAAAGGAGACCCAUCAGAUGGCUCUCAUUUGGAUAUACCUGCUGAAAGGGAGUAUGAGUUCUAUGAUCCCUUGACUCGAUCCCCACGGGAAGGCUGUUUUAUAAUAGAACACAAGGGAGAUAAUUAUAUAAUGCACAGUAAUCCUAACAUGAUUGAAUCUCACUUUCCCAUGACACCAGAGUGGGAUGUGUCUGGUGAAUUGGCCAAAAGAAGAACUGAAAUGCCUUUCCCUGAACCUUCCAGGGGAAGCUCCCACUCCAAGGUCCAUCGGAGCCACAGCCAUACACAGGACAGAAGAUCAAGGAAUGAGCGGUCCAGUAAGGCUAAAGAAAGGUCUAGAUCCAUGGAUAACUCCAAGGGACCUCUGGGCUCAGCUACUUUAGGCACACCUGAAGAUAUAGGUGAAGGCUGUAGCCCAGAUGACCAAACAACUAGCCAAACCUACAUUGAUGAUAGUACCUUAAGGCCAUCUCAGUCACUCAGUCAUCAAAGGGCUCUGAUUUCAUCCACAAGCUACAAAGAGACUUGCAUCCCUGAAAUAGCUGGUGGCGGUGUAGAAACCCCCAGUUCUUGUAGCCUAUUGGAACAAGGCAAGCCUACGGAGAAUUUGCCAUCAUAUAGCGAGCUCAACUCCUGCACAACAAAAUCUGCAGUUGAUGACUAUUUUCAGUGCAACACCUCCAGUGAGACUGUGCUUACUGCUCCAUCACCACUGGGAAAGAAUAAAGAGGAUCAUGAUACGCUAACAGGGACAGAUGGGCUAAAAAAAAUGACUCCCACAGAAAGACAGUCUCAACAUAUUGCUAGGGAGCCUGGGGUGCACAAGGAGGAGUCCCCAAAGGGCCCAAGCAGUGGUUCAGUGAUUGCUAGCCAAACUCCAGAGGUGAUUGCUAACGGGCGUCUGGUUCAACACCAUAGCACUGAAUCAAGCAGCCUUGAUAAAAGGAAAGAAAUAUUUAGCAAGGAUACACUCUUUAAGCCUCUGCACAACACUCUUUCUGUGAAUAGUUAUCAUAAGUCUAGCACCCCUCUGCUAAAGCCCCAUCAAAAGACCGCCUCUGACACAUUGCCCCUCAGAUGUGAGAAACUUGAACAAGCGAUGGUAACCUCAGUCACACAAGUCAUGCCUGUUUCUCAGAGACAGCAAGAGACAACCGGGAACCAGGAGGCCUCCUUUGACUACUACAACGUAUCUGAUGAUGAUGACUCAGAGGAAGGAACCAACAAAAAUGCUGAGGAAGAAAAGAACAGGGAUGAUGUUGGUACAAUGCAAUGGCUCCUAGAGAGAGAAAAGGAAAGGGAUCUACAACGAAAGUUUGAGAAGAAUCUUACUCUUCUCACCCCGAAGGAAACAGAAAAUAGCAACAACCAGAGAGCCACCCACUCAGCCCGCCUGGACAGCAUGGACAGCAGCAGCAUUACUGUGGACAGCGGGUUCAACUCUCCACGUACUCGUGAGAGCCUGGCAUCCAACACUUCAAGUAUUGUUGAAAGCAACAGACGUCAGAACCCCGCUCUGAGCCCUGCACACGGUGGCGCAGGCCCGACAUUCAACUUCCGAACCACUGCAGACCCACCCACGAGUGAAGCUGAGAAACUGCAGAAACCUGGUAACUGCCUGCAAGCUUCUGUCACUAGUGUCUGAUAGUCAGCCUGCCUCAGAUCGUCUGUCUCAUCCUAUACAGCAAAGUUUACGACACUGGGACUGAUGUUUACAUCUUUGGGGAAAAAUGAAACAAGCAUCUCAACCACAGUUUUAGUGUUCACUUAAACUGUGCUGCUAUGUAGACUAGGGGCAACAAAGAAGUCUUUAUUUCAAGGUAUUGCUUUUCACAUUUGCGGCUCUGUAGCAACAGAAUAGCAGUAGGGAUAAUAUGUACACUUUUUGCUUCACUUAAUUGUAACUGAGCACAUAUAUGAAAGUCUAGACACUGUAAGUGUAAUCUGCAUUUUCAAUGUCCAUGCAGUUGCCAACUUCAUUUAAAAAAUGCCACAGAUGUGUGAUGCCCCUGGUCAGAGGCUAAACUCUGCUGCAGAGUUCAUCAUUUUUUUCUUCAAAAACUGAGCCACUGCUGAAAGUAACCAGCCAGGAUCACCAUGAGGAAAAACAAUGCCAAACAUGACAAGUCAUGACCUCAGCUCUAUAUGUGAAUUAUUAAUACUAAUCAGUCAUUUUCACUGUGCAUUUUUGUGACACAAUUUUACAAAUACCUAGUUAAGCAAGGAAAAGGAGGUUUGGGGUUUGUUUCGAUUUGCUUUUUUUCUAGGUAUGGAGGGUGGGAAGGGAGGCGGCUCCUCCUUUUGUUUCAAAAAUAGGAGAGAUGUUUACGUAAUGAGACCUGCUACUUGACCUUCCAUUGUCACCCGUGAGGAGGUGGGCCUUUGCAGAGAGGGGGAAGUGGGGAGGGAAGGGAAAGAUGUAACUGUCAUGGAGCCACAAUGUGGAGUGACACGAAAUAUAUUAAAUGUCUUCAGUAUAAUUCACUUAUUUUAAAAAGAUAAUCUAAUUCUUGUGUCACUUCUGGUAUUGCAACUUGCCAUUAAUAUAGAAAUCAGGAUAACUAAUUUCUUGGAACAAAAAUAUCCUUUAUGAUAUAAAUGACAAGUAUGGCCUGAAGAAUUGAUUUCUUUCUAGUGGAAGGACAUAAAUCUAUUUUAUGUAGCUUAUUAAAUAGAGUGCCUAAAUUAGGCUAUUAAAAAUAGCAUACAGUGUAAUGAUUAUCAGAGAACAAAAUUUAGAGAAUUAUAAACUUCUGGCCUUUUUAUUCAGUGGAUGUUAUUUGCAAUUUACCAUUUUAUGGACAUGUCUGGUUUCUAGAAAUUCAAUGUGUCCACUUGGUUUGCAGUAGAAAUCUGAGUCCUGCAGGCACGGUACAUCCUAAUUGCUCUCCCUAAACUGUUACUCCAGUGUAAUUAGUUACUCCAAUGCUAAUUACUGCAGAGUAAAUUCUACAGAUAGUUAAACUCCAAGAGUAAUUUUAGGUAUAGGGUCACAUUCUGCUCUGUUACUAAUGCAACCUGGUAGUGCAACAAACUCGCUUUUUUAUCAGAACAGACAAAUUGGUGGAAUAAUAACGAAGAUACUAAAAUGUGCAACAGCCCAAAUUGUUUCAUAGAAAAGGGACGUUUACCCUGUCUAGCUCUUGUAGUACACAGGUAUGAAACCCAGCUGUACGUAUUAAAACCCAGUAUUUUCAUCAGGUUCUGGUGACAUUUAUUACUCUGUAUACAAAGUCAUUUGAGCUUCACUUAUGUUCUCUAUUGUGAUCAGAAGUCUUUACUGACAGUUCAGCCUUAUGUUACACCAUCGGAUAUUGAUCGUUUACUUAUGAAACAGCUUUCUAACUCUGGACACAAUCAGUUCUGUCAAGAAUACACCGUCAAUGCACAGGUCUGUUUUCAUUGAUUUCAGUGUAUAAUUUCCAUUUCAUAGGAGCAAUAAGACCUUUCAGUGCACAUAAAGGAAAUUAUUGUGCUUUUGGUUGGUUAUCAAAGUCACUUGGCCUUUAGCCUUCUGCCUUAUCAUACCUUCCAAGAUGUGCUCUAAUUACCAUAUAAUGCUUUGCAUGAUGCAUCUUAUUAUUUGAUAUGUAACUCCAGCUGUACUUAUUCCAUGCGAACUGUAGAGUCAGAGUUCUUGUGGGGAAUUGUCAUAUACUAUGCAGUGGCUGACCGUGAUUUUGUUUCUGAGAUGAGCUCUGACAUCACUAGUAUGUAUCAAUUCAGUAAAUAGAAAUGUCGAAAUGGUAAAAAAAUUUACAGUGAUGAUCUGAAGUACUAAUGGCAGUAUUAAAAUGUGAAGAGCAGAAAUAGGUUUCACCUUUGGAGAAAUAAUUGUUUGUCAUAAGCUAAUCAGAAUUAGUGCAGGCAGCUGGUUGUACAGAAUACAUAAUUCCAACAAAAUGUGAUAGUACAUACCUAUAAACUGUAUAGUAUGUUAUUUCUUAAAGUUCCCAGAGACCAGCAGACAACAUAAAUGUCAUAUUAAUGUUGACAUGGCAUGUACCAAUAUUAAUGUGACUCUUGGAAUAUGGAAUGUAAACAGAAGUUUCAAAUAGAAACGUUCUAAUCUUGAUUUUCUUUUUUCCUUUUAAAAUCAACAAUGGAAAAUAGGAAAAUUCCAUCUUGAGGUUCUGGUAACAAAACCACGAGAGUGGAGCUUGAGUGCUUUAUGUCACCCUAAUCCUUUGAUGAAAUCACAGCCUUGUAUUAUGUGGUUGCUUAUCUAUCAUUCUAAUGUAUCAAUUUAAAGGUUUACAGAGUUAGAUUAGGUUGAAUCUGUGUUGUGUUCAACUGUAAAGGGUCAACACAAAUCUGUCGGCAUUUUGCACACUUAAUAUGUAUUAUUAUAAUACAACAUGUUACUUUUAUGGUAAUUUUUUUUACACAUAUAACUACCUCCAUGAAUUUGAUGAAAUGCAGCAACAUGAAAAGUGUAUUGUACAAAGCAAGAUUAGAAACUUUGAAGCAUUAGGUCAUGGCGUUCUCUUGUGUGUCAAAGCUUGCAUAUGAAGUCAUCAUGUUUCCAUUGCCACAAUUUCCUUCUACAAUGUUAAAAAGAUGGCUUUCAGAUGAGUCACUUAAAGACUUUGACAAGGCUGCAUAAUUGGGAUAAAAGUCAAAGGGAGGCUGAAACCUUCCAUCCUCUCCCCAGUUACUGCUAAAAUUUCUGCCUGGUAGAACUUGAAAAUGUACUUGUAAUUUAGCAAAUUAGAAACAUCUACAGUCUGUGAAAUAUGAUGGACAGUUUGGGGUUUAACAGAAGACACUCUGGGUAUUUUCUUGGCAGCCUUCAGAUACUUUGGGCCCUAUUCUGCCUCCAUCUUUGUCAACAUUAGUACGUCAUGGUUUCUCUGAACUGGCAAGGGUGUUAAAACAUCUCUUCCUUUAAUGAUGCACACUCUGGUCUCUAGAUUGCGUGCAUCUAAAACAUUUGCUCCUUUAGAAAUUACCAACAGCCUUUCAUUGACGUGGCUGGGAGCAGCAUUAGGGUCCCUACUCGAGGUAUGUGCCUAUUGUUCAAAAAACAUGGGCAAGUUUCCAAGUGAAAUUAAGCUGGCUUUUGAAAAGUAGCCAGCUGCAACAAGCCACCUUUCAAGAGGGAAGAAAGAAAGAUUUUUCCAAAAACCAAAGGAAGAAAGUGGCAGUUGAACCUAAGCAGAUCGCAUUAUAUACAAAUCCCGAUUUAUGAACACCUUUCAGCAAACCUAGUACCAUUAUUCUGAUGCAGAUUAAUAUAAAAUCAUCAGUUGAGCUAAUUUUGCCAUUUUAAGUAUUUCAGUUAAAAUUUAGGAGAAAUCAUUAGCCAUUUGACUCCCAACAGCACUGUAAAAUGACUGUUAUAUGCGAAACAACAUUCACUCAACUUUAAAAAUAAAAAUGUAUUGGAAAACAAAUAUUUUAAUGAAAACCGUGGCCUAAGUGCUUGCCAGCAGUAGUCAUUGUUAGGAAAGAGAACAAGCAAACCAGUAUUCAGAGGCCAUCAUGAAGACAGAUAAUACUUUGCACUUAAAUCACACCUUUUUGCCUGAGGGUCUCGAAGCACUUGCCUGUGAGGUAGGCAGAGUUCACUGACCCUACUUUUUGUCUGGGCCCAUUGGAAGAAGCAAAGGCUAAGAGUCUGCAGACUAAUUUAUUAACUAGUUGCUUUUUUAAAGUUACUAAAGUAAGUUAACCAAAGUGUUUAAUGUUUAUAUACUGAAAUUAUUAUUUUGACACAUUCAGUUUGUUUAAGCAAGAAACUACUUUGCAGCCCUGUAGACGCUCUUGGAUUAGCAGUUCCAAAAACAAUUUUGCAGUCAUAUGAGUACUGGCAGCAGUGGUUUUUUAGAAACAGUCAUGUUAAUUAAAAAUUUGUUUUUCAAAUACAUUUUGUAGUGCUUUUCCCAACACAAUUGUUCAAAUUGUUGUGCUGAGAAAGCAAACAGCACUCCUAAUCUGGUGUCAUACCCACAGUUUACAAUUCUCUUUGCUCUUCUGAAGAAAACUGUACAGUAUUAGAGAGAAAAGUUCUAUUUUUUACAAAAUUCUUUAAAAAAAAAGGCUAUAUAUCUAAAACAUUCCCCCCAGCAUAAGUAAAGUGCAUCAUUACUGCAUGAGACACAUGCAGCGGACCCACCAAAAGCCAAGCUGGUGCUAGAAGAAAACGGGACUGUCGCACGUCUUUUAUAGUGGCGCUCUAAACAUUGGUUCCAGUUAUGCGAGUGUAAAUCUGGCAUAACUCCCCUGAUCUCUGAGGAUCUGAGAGAUGGGAAUGGGUCGUUAACUCCAUUGAAGCUCAGUUCUGAGCUGAGGGUUUCCGUGUUCCUCCCCCCGCCCCGAGACAGUAAACGCAGAGAAGGAGCAGAAGGCCACGCACCUGGCUUUGGAAGGGCAGCCUGGGCUGAAUCCCUGCUGGAACGCACAGCCACCCAGCCGGGAUCCGUGCCAGCCGCCAGCGUGCCCCGCCGCGCAAGGGUGAUUUUCCACGUGGUGCACUGCCCUCGGGUUGUACAGCAGUUAGAGCCACCCAAAGGAUACCCACCCCGAUGUAUGAAAGGGCCCUUGGAGUAAUUGGCACAGAUGUUACUUUUAUGUGUGGAGGAGAUUUUAAGUUUAAAGGGAUCAUAAUUCUGCAGGUAAUUUUCUGUGAGUGACUGAAUGUGGCUGUUGCAUUAGGUUUAAAUGAGUUAAUAAAUGCAAGUGGGACUUACUGUAUGUUAGAAGGGAGUUUUGCAGCCAAGACUGCCUUGUAUAAAUGUGUUUGCACUGAAAAAAAAAUUUAAAAAUUACUUGGUCUCUGGUUGCUGUAAAGGUCAUCCAAGAUGGAUGUUCUGUUUAUAUUGUAUAGUAUUUCAUAUGAAAUAAUUGCAGUUCAUGAAAUGUCUUCCCUAACGUUACUGAUUUAUAACAGCACAUUUGUAACAUGGUUUUUAUUGUGUCAGUGUACCAUAUUGUAAAUGAUGAUUACUUGUCAUGCUUAGUAUAAUAAUUUAAAGGAAAAAAAAGGACAGGGAUUUUUGUAAGUCUAUAUUUGAAAGUCCCUCCAUAUGGUAAUAUUGUGUUCAUGUUGUUUAUGUAGUGUUGUGUGAAAUAUCCAUUUUGGAUUGUGUUACUUUUUAAGAUAUUAAAUAACAUUUGGUUAUAUGUUC